CUAGCGCUGUCAGCCCUUGCUUGCACUGCUGUCUCAGAGACACUAUUUCCCAUUCCUGUGUCUGUGGGAGGACAGAGGGAGAGAGGGCCUCUCAGCCCUGUCCUAUGGCUCUCUCUGUCUCCCUAGUCCCAGAGGUCCUGGGCAACGCCACCUCCCUGCCCGUCCAGGAGGGCCAGUCCCUGCGCCUGGUCUGUGACACUGAUGGCAACUACCCUGCCAGGCUGAGCUGGUCCCGGGGAAGCCUGACCUUGAGCCCCUCUCAGCCCUUGGAUCCUGGGGUCCUGGAGCUUCCCCGGGUGGCCUUAGGGGAUGGAGGAGAAUUCACCUGCCGUGCUCAGAACGCUUGCGGCUCCUACCACGUCUCCGUGAACUUAAUUGUGCAGGGUUUCUCCUGUCACUGCCCCCACAUCUCUGGGGAGCAGCAGGGUACCUGGCCUUUAGUCCUCACCCUGCUCAGGGGGGCCCUAAUGGGGGCUGGCUUCCUUCUCACCUACGGCCUCACCUGGAUCUACUAUACCAGAUGA